AUGACAUGCAAGUGCCCAGUAACCCGACCCGAAUGGGUCGACUUCCUCCCCACAUCACACCUGCGCAACACCUCUCCAACAUCCUAUGGCUGCUACCCCCUCCUCAGUCCCCCGCCGCUCGCCGCGCCCACAAUAUUGAGCUACCUCAGCCUCGCGCCAAAGAGCGUGAAUAAGGCGGAUACGUUCAAGAAUAGUCCGUUGGCACCGAGUGGGAUCUGGGAGAUGUUGAGGGAGGAGGCGGAGGCAUUGAGCGCGGAGGAUGAGAAGGAUGGGGAGGUCAAAGGUGGUGAUGCAGAGAGGGAGGGAAAGCGUGUGGAGGAUGGUACGGUGGAUAGUAGGGGAAAGGCGAAGGAAUGUGAGGAGGGGGAGAAUGAGAAGCAAGUCGCAGAGGGUACAGACACUACCGCCGCCACCGAAAAAGUCAGGCCAGUCCAGGAGCCGAGGGACCUCGACUUCCACCACCUUCAGCUCAGUUUCGAAUGGGAAUCAGAAUGGAAACGUGCUCUGAGCCUCGCGAAGCGUGUGCCGCAGCCUGGGUCUGGCAUCGGUAUGGGUCCGCUCGGAGCGAUGCCUGCUGGUGGAUUCGGAUUGGGCAGGAUGGGGCCUGGAGGGCCGGCAGGGGCGAUGGGAGGACUAGGGGGUGGAUUUGGCAGGAUAGGUGGAUUGGGAGCGGGAGCGGGUACGGCAAACCCGCGGGUGCAAGAGAAGGAGACGGUGAGGCCUACCGAAGUGUUCCAGCUGGGAAGCUUGGAGGGAGUCUGGGAGGGGUUGUUCACCUACACGGAAUACACAGUGUACGCCGUCCUCCUCUCCGGUGCUCCUCCACCCACACUCCUCCGUGCCCUCGUCGCUCGGCAUCAACAGACCUGGAAACUCCGUGAAUACCACCUCCUCAGUCCCGAGGUACCGAACGGCAACUCCGGCACCACCACCACCACCACCAACAACAACAACAACACGAACAACACCAACACCAACACGCAGAACGUGCCCGAUCAGUACUGCCCGCUAUCGAUGGGAGACCCGCUGACGGCGUACCUGCCCAUGGGGGUGGAUAUCAGCGUCGUCGGUGGCGGGCAGGAGAGAUUGGAGGUGAGGGAGCCGGGGAGGAGGGAGACAUUGGUGUAUUACCGCUGUCCUUUACCAUCCGUGCCCUCCACAGACGCUCCCACCGCCCCUUCAACAUCUAAUCCACUCGCUGCAUCCAUGACAACGACGACGACCACAACCACCACACAAGACAAACUCGAACCUGUCACGCAACCCACCUAUCAGCGCCACGUGCAUGAAGUGCUCCUCACAGGCGAAGGCCACUCCGCAUGGGGCCAGUUUAACCUCGUCGGCCGUGUGCGACCAUAUGACGGGCUCGUAAGCCUGAGUAAAGUGUAUCUGGAUGGAGACCGCGGGAAGUGA